AUGCCUCCAGACCAGGUGUCAUAUCCCAAUAUGACGAAGGAAGAUCCUUCAAUUCUACUGCUUCUCGUCCUGGCGGCUCAUGAGGUAGAGCUAGACUACGAGAAGAUGUCAGAGCUGAGCUGCAAGCUCCCCGACAUCAAUCAGCAGUCUACCUCCCUUGAACUUCGAGCUAAUACAUACAGUCUGGUCGAGCUAGCGAAACAGUUGCGGAGGUUUCGUCCGUCGAACAGACAGGAACCUUUCUCCACUUCCCAGAGAACGCAAGAGCAUUUAUUGUUCCGCUCUAGUGAGGAACGUUCUAUCGCUGGAGACAGACCGUCGUCAUCGGCAUCAACAUCACCGGAUCCAGAGUCGGCAUCAGAACCAUCCCUGGAAUCGUCAUCAUCAGCUCAUCGGAACCUCCCUGUAUCAAGUGCGGUCAACUGCGUUGGCCGAAAUUUUAUUGAUAGAAGAUUGCUAGCGCAGCCACCAUCGCCAUCGUCGCCGUCGACAGCAACGUCAAGACACUUCUCGGAGACUCCAAUUCAUCCUGCCUAUUACUUCCACUCUUGUCGCAGUCGAGGCCACAUAAUUCGCAACGCUCGUUUGGCUCCUGAAUCUGCAACAUCCACCACUGGUAAUGGAAACAGGAACAUUCCUAGGGCGGAUGGUAACCACCAGAGUCGCGUACAAAACCGCAGGGGAAGCAGAAGGAACAAAAGAAAUAGGAAAGGAGCCACCCCUGCGUUCAAUUGGCGUGAAAUUGCAAGUGAUCCUGAAGGCAGUUACCAAAGUGACUCCUCUUCCGUCAGCGGACGAGUCUGGAUAGCAGGCAAGGAUAGUGCGGACGAUGUCAAUCCAGCAUGGGCCUGCUUGUCAACUUGGUCAUUAGUUCCAAGCAAGGAAAGGGAUGAUGACUCUACAUCUGUUGGAGGAGGCGUCUGGGUGGAGAUUUGA